AAGGAUAAAGACGUACAUUGUAAUAAUAUCGAAAUGACCUCUAAAAAUGUUAAUGAGGAAAAUUUCUCGAUCACUUGGAAUCGAAUUCAAUUAAGCAUAAUUGGAGCUUGGCCACGAAUUGAUGACAAAGAUGGAAGAAUUUCAAAUUUUAUUUCAUUUUUAGCUGCAAUGAAUGUUUUAUUAUUUAUUACAUUGCCACAGACUGCAUUUGUAUUUGAAAUUUGGCCAGAUCUUAAUCUAAUUUCUGAAAGUUUGUCAUUAGCAAAUUUUCCCGUCACUAUUGGAGUUUUGAAAUUAUUUGCAAUUUGCAAUAAUAGACAAGCAUUGAGGGAAUUAAUUGUAUCAAUUUAUGAUGACUGGAACUGUGAAAAAAGUGAAUUUAAUAGAAAAAUAAUGAAGUCGAAUGCUAAUGUUUCCUUAAUUAUUACAUUAUAUUGUGUACUUGGCACGAUGUCUGCGGUUCUAUUAUUUUUAAUUUCAGAAGUUUAUUUUAAUUUAAGUGGAAUAUAUCCAGUUCGACAAUGGCUCUAUCUUUCAUAUUUUCCUUUUCAUACAACAGAAAGUCCAACUUAUGAACUUAUUAUUUUAUUUCAAUUUACUGGUGGUUUUUGUUCAGGCCUUAUUUACGGUGGAAUAAUUAGCUUUUGUGGAAUGCUCAUUUUACAUUUACAUGGUCAAUUUGAAAUAUUACAAUUUACCAUUGAAGAAUUCAUUAAUACUCAUGAAUUUCAAACUCUCGCCGAAUAUCGAUCUAAACUUAAAAUUUUUGUCAUUCAACAUGAACAUCUUAACAGAUUUGCAAUUACAAUCGAGGAGACGUUCAACAAAGUAUUGCUGCUAGAAUUGCUUGUUUUCACUGCUCAAUUAUGUCUACAAGGUUAUUUAUUCUUGACGAUAUUUAGAAGCAGAAGAAUAAGUUGUUUUGAAUAUAUUUUUUGGUUGGCAUUUGUUUUUACAAUUUUGUCAAAUUUGUUUGUAAUAUGUUUUUUGGGAGAGAAGUUAGAAAAUACCAGCGUUAAAUUGCAAGGAUCAAUUCAAAAGAGCAAAUGGUAUAACUUAACAGCAACUGAAUCUAUUGAUUUAAUGAUGUUGGUAUUUAGAACAAAUAAUCCACUAAAAAUCACAGCUGGAAAAUUUUGUUCUUUUUCUUUUGAAACUUUCAUGGCUAUAAUAAAAAAAUCGUUCGCAUUCAUGUCAGUCUUAUUAACCACGAAUCAAAAUGUAGCAUAAAAAAAACAUAGUAAC